AUGCACUCAACCCUCCAUCCCAACGCACGCGAUUCCCUCGAGCUCGCUUCGCUAGCAUCUUCGAGCCGAGGCCCCGAAACCUAUUCUGAUACCGACUCGAGACCGUCGAUAUCCUCGUCGCGCAAAUUCUCCCUCGAGCAGGAUGAUCCAUUAGACGAUGGCAAUCCCGCCGGCCGUCCUGACUUUGGUCGGGGGCAUGGCAGGACAUACUCGGUGGCCUCGAACUUCGACUACUCCGCGAACCUCUUCCCAUUGUCCUCUUCGACCGCCCCCGGUUACGCUCCUCUCGGCGCCCCUACGUCAGCUGCGCAGCGUCACAGCGGGUUAGGCGGGGCCUCGCUAGAAAAACACAAGACCUUGACAUACAUGAACGGAUUAGGGUUGAUCGUUGGUCUAAUCAUCGGUUCGGGCAUAUUCUCGUCCCCCAGCCAGGUUAAUGCGAAUGUCGGCUCGCCCGGCGCAUCAUUGAUCGUAUGGGCUAUAGCUGGUGUACUCGCGUGGACAGGUGCCGCGAGCUACACCGAACUCGGAGGUGCCAUCCCUCUCAAUGGAGGGUCGCAGGCAUACUUGUCCAAGAUCAUGGGCGAGUUGGCCGGUUUUCUCUUCACAUGGGUGGCGGUUCUUGUGUUGAAGCCCGGGAGUGCCGCGAUCAUUUCAAUCAUCAUGGGCGAAUACCUCGUGCGCGCUGUGAUCGGAGCUGAAGCCGAGACCAUCAACCCCUGGAUCAACAAGGCAAUGGGACUGGUGGGGCUUUUCAUCGUCACCUUCAUGAAUUGCCUCUCGACCAGGCUGGGAACCCGUGUUAACGAUGGCCUUAUGUUCUUAAAGUUUAUUGCCUUGAUAAGCGUUACUGUGGUCGGUGUGGUCGUGGCCCUUACCGGAUUCUCCUUUUCCGGCGAGGCGAACAUGGACUGGAAAACUCACGACUGGUUUGAGGGAACUAGCAAAGACGGUAGUCAUUGGGCAGUUGCACUAUAUGCAGGGCUGUGGGCAUAUGAUGGUUGGGACAAUACCAACUACGUCGUGGGCGAGUUCCGCAAUCCCUCACGAGACCUCCCGCGAGUCAUUCAUACAGCCAUGCCCCUGGUAAUCAUCUGUUACCUACUCGCCAACCUUUCAUACUUCCUCGUACUGCCCCUGGCAACCAUCAACAACUCCAACACGGUUGCCGUGAUGUUCGGUAGCAAAGUGUUUGGUCCGAUUGGGGCCCUCGUAUUUGCUCUCAUCGUGAGCGCUUCAUGCUUUGGCUCGCUCAACUCAUCAACCUUCACAAGCAGUCGGUUAGUCUACGCAGCGGCCAAGGAGGGCUACGUACCAACUUUCAUGGGCCGGAUCGGUAUUGGCUCAACUGAACCGGGAAUGUCGACCACCAGGUCUCGGAGUUGGUUCACUAAGAAACUGCACAACAUGUUUGGUGACGAAGAUACAGGGCUAUUCUUCACGCCGGUCAACGCGCUGAUCUUCAAUGGUGUUCUCACAGCUAUCUAUGCGCUUGUCGGCGAGUUUGGAGAGCUGCUCACCUUCUACGGCGUGGCUGGGUAUUCGUUCUACUUCCUGACAGUCCUCGGACUGAUCAUUCUGCGGGUGAACGAGCCGCAACUCGAGAGGCCAUACAAGACAUGGAUAACUACGCCCAUAAUAUUCUGCUGUGUGAGCUUGUUCCUCCUCAGCAGGGCAGUUUUUGCCCAGCCGCUGAAAACGCUUAUCGUGGUGACGUUUGUCCUCGCCGGUAUACCCGUGUUCUUUUGGCGGAUACAAGGUCGAGACCAGGUCUCGAAGCGCGAAACUGGGUCGAGGUCGGCAGCACCUGCGUGGCAGUUUUGGAAACGAUUACGGAGAUGA